GUGGUCUCUCGAUGACUGACAUGUUGUUGUGAUCCCAGACCGGUUUGGCCCGGCGAGGAGCUGGUGGAGUGUCGGGAUGCGGUGCCCGGGGUCUCGGCUCUUGCUACCGCAGCAGGGCAGGGGACAGGGUCACUCCUGGAAUGAAGCAUACUGUCAUUUAUCAUCCAGCAGGGGGAGACUGUGAGCCUCCCAUCAGGCCCCAGCAUCCCCCCAGAUUCCUCUCCCCCAGAGCUUUCACUCAUCAUGGCAGGGAUGGCGAUGGAGGAAAGUGGCACCUUGCGGUGUGGCAUCACGCCACUGCAGCAAAUUAUCGCCUCAGGGACCGGAGCUCUCCUCACCUCUCUAUUCGUGACCCCCUUGGACGUUGUGAAGAUCAGGCUGCAGUCACAGAAGAAGCCAUUCUCCAAAGUAAUGUCUGUAAAGUCUCUUCCCUGGGCACCCCCCUUGCGCCACCCUAAAUGGCGCUGUUUCCUGUACUGUAAUGGACUCAUGGAUCAUCUGUUUGUGUGCCAGCAUGCCACAGCUUGCAGCACUUGGUACCGCGCACCCACGUACUUUAAUGGAACUUUGGAUGCUUUUGUGAAGAUCUCACGCCAUGAGGGGCUGAGAUCACUUUGGAGUGGCCUUCCCCCUACACUGGUGAUGGCUGUGCCUGCAACCAUUAUCUAUUUCACUUGCUACGAUCAGCUGCGGGACUUUCUGUAUUACAGCCUGGGGUACAGCGGCAGUCACAUCCCUCUCAUCGCUGGAGCUCUCUCUCGAUUGGGUGCAGUGACAGUCAUCAGUCCUCUGGAGCUGAUCCGCACUAAACUGCAGUCCCGUCAGCUGUCCUACAUAGAGCUAGGAGCCUGUCUGCGAUCUGCUGUAUCUCAGGGUGGCUGGCUGUCCCUCUGGAAAGGAUGGGGCCCCACAGUGCUGAGGGAUGUGCCGUUCUCAGCUCUGUACUGGUUCAAUUACGAGCUGGUGAAAAAGAAUCUUGGCAAGUCAUGGGGAACUUCGGAGUCGCCAUUUCUGAUCAGCUUUACAUCAGGAGCAGUUUCCGGAGCUGUGGCUGCCAUUUUAACUCUGCCGUUCGAUGUCGUGAAGACGCACAGACAGAUUGAACUAGGGGACAAGGAGAUGGGCUCAUCUAAACACAAGGGAUCAUCUACAUGGAGAGCAAUGCGCCGGAUCCGUGCAGAGUCCGGAACUCGUGGUCUCUUUGCAGGGUUCAUGCCUCGAGUCAUCAAGGUUGCGCCUGCCUGCGCCAUCAUGAUUAGCUCUUAUGAGUUUGGGAAAACAUUCUUUGAACAGCGGAACCAGGAAAGGCUUAAGGGCCUGUGAGGAGCAGCUGUAGAAGAGCAGAACCGAACUCGAAUA